AUGCGUGCUUUUACCUUGCUUCAGCUCGCCACGAGCGCCUUGGCAUGGGAAGUUUUCCAGAAUGAGCCUGACACUGGAUUCGAGGAGUAUCUGCAGAAGAAGGGCUGGACUGCUGGCACACGCCCCGAUCUUGCCGAUAUCCAGGGCAUUCCUGACUUUGACUUCGCGGCCCGCCAGACACUCUCCCACGAUCAGUACUCGUUCUACCGUGUUGGCGCUGGCAGCGAGUGGGCUUACCGCAACAACUUGGCCGUCUGGGAGAAGGCCCGCCUUCGCCCUCACCAGCUCGCUGGCAUUACCGGUCUGAAUGAGACCAUGGGAGUGACCAUUUUGGGAUACAACUUCAGCUCCCCCAUCUUCAUCUCGCCUGCUGCUCGUGCCGGCUAUGGUGACCCUGCCGGUGAGCUCAACUUUGUUGAUGCUGCUGCAGAGAACAACAUCCUCUACAUGGCUGCGUACUACGCCAACAAGACCAUCGAGGAAAUUGGCGAGCAAAAAAGAAAGCACAACAAUACCCUCAACGGCCCCCAGGUCACUUUCCAACAGUUCUACGCUACUGAUGAUCAUGAUGCCGUCUGGGAUAUCUUCCAGCGUGCUGAGGCAAACAAUGCCAAGGCUCUGGUCUGGACUAUUGAUGCUCCCGCGACAUCCAGCCGUCAGCGUGCUGCCCGCUAUUCUUCUUCUGUCAGCCGUCUUCAGGCCGCCGUUCUUGACUGGGACUUGUACGAGGAGAUGAAGAAUCAUACCUCGCUGCCUAUCAUUCUCAAGGGUAUCACCACCGUCGAGGAUGCUAAAAAGGCCGUUGAGAAGGGUGUUCCCGCCAUCAUGCUGUCCAACCACGGUGGCCGCCAGGUCGACUACUCGCCCUCCCCUCUCGAGAUCGCCUUUGAGAUUCACCACAACGCCCCUGAGGUCUUCAACCAGAUUGAGGUUCUUGCCGACAGUGGUAUUCGCUACGGAGAUGAUGUUGUCAAGCUGUUGGCUCUCGGAGUCAAGGCCGUUGGCAUGGGACGACCAUUCCUCCACUCGAACAUCUACGGAAAAGACGGUGUUAACAAGGCCAUCAACCUCAUUAACACUGAGAUCUACAACGAUGCUGCGCAAGUUGGUGUCACUGAUUUCCACAACAUUCCCAUCAGUAUUCUCAACACUCGCGCUCUUGAGCGCGAUGUUUACAUUGUCCCCACCAACAACUAA